AUGACCAAGUAUGCUUCACUGCGUGAGCUCCCACCGAAAAGAAUGGAAGCGGACGUGCCGAAAGUGGUGUGUGCCGCAAUGAGCAACGACACGCCACCCAUGGUGCCCUUAGCAGCAUUACAGCCUCCCAUAUUCUCCCUGGAUGACCACCUGGCAUUGCAGUAUGGAUCCUUUGGGAGCCUCAUGGGCCGCCUGGUGUUUGAGUUUCUUCGUCAGGAAGGUGGCAACCUGUUCCGUAACAAUGCGACGCGUGCCAGCCUGCAGGAGAAGUUACACUGCUUGGCCAACCGAUAUCCUGCCUUGAACAGCACACUUCCAGUCAAUGGGCUCCUGGUUGCUCCCGAGGCCCUAGCUGACCUUGCUGGUGUUACCGCUGCCUUCAGGGCAUUUGAAUCUGAUUCGCAUGGGAAAGAAAAGCUUCCAGGAAUGGAGUGGACAGCACAGCAGCUAUUUUUCAUUGGCUACGCACAGUCCAUGUGUGAAGAGGUGUCCUUAAGGAAGUUACAAAUCUGGAGCCUCGUGAGCAUAUCUGCACCUAAAAAGCUCAGGGUUCUUCAGGCACUGCAGCAGUCUCCUGAAUUCGGUCGAACGUUUGACUGCAACGCUGAAGAGUGGCAGUCCCACAUCUGUCAUGCGUGGUAAUUUGCUGACACAUGGGCAGCAAUGCUUAAACAUUUGUGGCAGCUGUAGUAGCAGCAGGCCAGCAGCACCAACGCUUCCACGAGCAGCUGGUUUGCAUUGGGCGUGGUCGCUUCGUGCAGUGUGCCUUUCGUGCAGUUCUGACCUGCUGUUGUAAAGGCAAGUGGGAUGGUGCGCACAAUAGGAGUCUUCUAACACAAUGCGGACAAGUUUCUUUGUGCUCAUGGAGCUUGGCAAGCUGCUUUUCGACAUGAGGCAUAUGCUUGGACGCACUCCUGGGAGACAGUGCAGAUCACAGAUGGACUGGUUGUGUGUGUGAACUUUAUUUAGAAUGGGCUGAGGUGGUGUGCAUGUAUGUAUAUGAGUGUUUGUAGGCAUCAGACCUGUUAGUAUUUCAAAUGCUUUGUACAAAACUCCAUUCCAAGUUUUGGCCUCAUGUUUUCAUUCAAUACCACGCGAGAAUAAAAAUACCUUUAGAGUACCAUCACCUUUAUUUCA